AACCAGAGAAAAGCUCAGUAACGAAACGAAAUUCAACAUGGAAACUCGAAUUUUAUUAUUAACCACGAUAAUUUUGCAUCUUGCAAAUAUACAAGCUGUACCAAUUCAAAAUCAGAUCACAACACCCAUCGAUUGUAAGGGAAAAGACUUUUAUUGUAUCAACUCAAAACAAUUCCUACUUUGCUUUGAUGUUUACCAUAAUGGUCAAACUCAAACGUAUGGCAAUGAAGCGCAAGAAUGUUUUGGACCACUAUUCUGCGACAAUUCUCAACAAUUCGAAUGUUCUUCGGAAACUGAUCCAGCCAUCACCACAUCACAACCGCCACCUAGUCAAACAACAUCGGGACCGAUAUCCCCAACUGAAACUACAAUAAUAAGUGAAACAUCCGCACCAAUAACUGAAAGCUCAAGCACUAUACCAGUAGAAACGACGCCAUCAGCAACUGAAAUCACAAGCACUAUCCCAAUCGAAACAACGCCAUCAGCAACUGAAAGCACAAGUACGAUCCCAAUCGAAACAACGCCAUCAGUAACUGAAAGCACAAGUACUAUUCCAGUCGAAACGACGCUAUCAGUAACUGAAAGCACAAUCACCAUUCCAGUAGAAACAUCGCCAUCAGUAACUGAAAGCUCAAGCACUAUUCCAGUAGAAACAACGCCAUCAGUAACUGAAACCACAAUCACGAUUCCAGUCGAAACAUCGCCAUCAGUAACUGAAAUCACAAGCACAAUUCCAGUCGAAACAUCACCACCAAUAACUGAAACCACAAUCAGGAUUCCAGUCGAAACAUCGCCAUCAGUAACUGAAACCACAAGCACUAUUCCAGUCGAAACAUCGCCUCCAAUAACUCAAAUCACAACAACUAUUCCAGUCGAAACAUCGUCGCCAAUAACUGAAAGCACAAGUACUAUUCCAGUCGAAACAUCGCCAUCAGUAACUGAAAUCACAAGCACGAUUCCAGUCGAAACAUCGCCAUCAGUAACUGAAAGCUCAAGCACUAUUCCAGUCGAAACAUCGCCACCAAUAACUGAAAGCACAAGCAUUAUUCCAAUCGAAACAACGCCAUCAGUAACUGAAAGCACAAGUACUAUUACAGUUGAAACAUCGACACCAAUAACAGAAAUCACAAGCACGAUUCCAGUAGAAACGACGCCAUCAGUAACUGAAAGCUCAAGCACUAUUCCAGUCGAAACAUCGCCACCAAUAACUGAAAGCACAAGCACUAUUCUAGUCGAAACAUCGCCUCCAAUAACUGAAACCACAAUCACGAUUCCAGUCGAAACAUCGCCAUCAGUAACUGAAAUCACAAGCACGAUUCCAGUCGAAACAUCGCCUCCAAUAACUCAAAUCACAACAACUAUUCCAGUCGAAACAUCGUCACCAAUAACUGAAAGCACAAGUACUAUUCCAGUCGAAACAUCGCCAUCAGUAACUGAAAUCACAAGCACGAUUCCAGUCGAAACAUCGCCAUCAGUAACUGAAAGCUCAAGCACUAUUCCAGUCGAAACAUCGCCACCAAUAACUGAAAGCACAAGCAUUAUUCCAAUCGAAACAACGCCAUCAGUAACUGAAAGCACAAGUACUAUUACAGUUGAAACAUCGACACCAAUAACAGAAAUCACAAGCACGAUUCCGGUAGAAACGACGCCAUCAGUAACUGAAAGCUCAAGCACUAUUCCAGUCGAAACAUCGCCACCAAUAACUGAAAGCACAAGCACUAUUCUAGUCGAAACAUCGCCUCCAAUAACUGAAACCACAAUCACGAUUCCAGUCGAAACAUCGCCAUCAGUAACUGAAAUCACAAGCACUAUUCCAGUCGAAACAUCGCCUCCAAUAACUCAAAUCACAACAACUAUUCCAGUCGAAACAUCGCCACCAAUAACUGAAAUCACAAACACUAUUCCAGUCGAAACAUCGCCAUCAGUAACUGAAAUCACAAGCACGAUUCCAGUCGAAACAUCGCCACCAAUAACUGAAAGCUCAAGUACUAUUCCAGUCGAAACAUCGCCUCCAAUAACUCAAACCACAAUCACGAUUCCAGUCGAAACAUCGCCAUCAGUAACUGAAAGCUCAAGCACUAUUCCAGUCGAAACAUCGCCAUCAGUAACUGAAAUCACAAGCACUAUUCCAGUCGAAACAUCACCACCAAUAACUCAAACCACAAUAACGAUUCCAGUCGAAACAUCGCCAUCAGUAACUGAAAGCUCAAGCACUAUUCCAGUCGAAACAUUGCCAUCAGUAACUGAAAGCUCAAGCACUAUUCCAGUCGAAACAUCGCCACCAAUAACUGAAAGCACAAGCACUAUUCCAAUCGAAACAACGCCAUCAGUAACUGAAAGCACAAGUACUAUUACAGUCGAAACAUCGCCACCAAUAACAGAAAUCACAAGCACGAUUCCAGUAGAAACGACGCCAUCAGUAACUGAAAGCUCAAGCACUAUUCCAGUCGAAACAUCGUCUCCAAUAACUCAAAUAACAACAACUAUUCCAGUCGAAACAUCGCCACCAGUAACUGAAAGCACAAGUACUAUUCCAGUCGAAACAUCGCCAUCAGUAACUGAACUCACAAGCACGAUUCCAGUCGAAACAUCGCCACCAAUAACUGAAAGCACAAGCACUAUUAAAGUCGAAACAUCGCCACCAAUAACUGAAAGCACAAGCACUAUUCCAAUCGAAACAACGCCAUCAGUAACUGAAAGCACAAGUACUAUUACAGUCGAAACAUCGCCACCAAUAACAGAAAUCACAAGCACGAUUCCAGUAGAAACGACGCCAUCAGUAACUGAAAGCUCAAGCACUAUUCCAGUCGAAACAUCGCCACCAAUAACUGAAAGCACAAGCACUAUUCCAGUCGAAACAUCGCCUCCAAUAACUCAAAUCACAACAACUAUUCCAGUCGAAACAUCGCCACCAAUAACUGAAAGCACAAGUACUAUUCCAGUCGAAACAUCGUCAUCAGUAACUGAACUCACAAGCACGAUUCCAGUCGAAACAUCGCCAUCAGUAACUGAAAGCUCAAGUACUAUUCCAGUCGAAACAUCGCCACCAAUAACAGAAAUCACAAGCACGAUUCCAGUAGAAACGACGCCAUCAGUAACUGAAAGCUCAACAACUAUUCCAGUCGAAACAUCGCAACCAAUAACUGAAAGCACAAGUACUAUUCCAGUCGAAACAUCGCCAUCAGUAACUGAAAGCACAAUCACUAUUCCAGUCGAAACAUCGCCUACAAUAACUGAAAUCACAAACACUAUUCCAGUCGAAACAUCGCCUCCAAUAACUCAAAUCACAACAACUAUUCCAGUCGAAACAUCGCCACCAGUAACUGAAAGCACAAGUACUAUUCCAGUCGAAACAUCGCCAUCAGUAACUGAACUCACAAGCACGAUUCCAGUCGAAACAUCGCCACCAAUAACUGAAAGCACAAGCACUAUUCCAGUCGAAACAUCGCCACCAAUAACUGAAAGCACAAGCACUAUUCCAGUCGAAACAUCGCCACCAAUAACUGAAAGCACAAGCACUAUUCCAAUCGAAACAACGCCAUCAGUAACUGAAAGCACAAGUACUAUUACAGUCGAAACAUCGCCACCAAUAACAGAAAUCACAAGCACGAUUCCAGUAGAUACGACGCCAUCAGUAACUGAAAGCUCAAGCACUAUUCCAGUCGAAACAUCGCCACCAAUAACUGAAACCACAAGCACUAUUCCAGUCGAAACAUCGCCUCCAAUAACUCAAAUCACAACAACUAUUCCAGUCGAAACAUCGCCACCAAUAACUGAAAGCCCAAGUACUAUUCCAGUCGAAACAUCGUCAUCAGUAACUGAACUCACAAGCACGAUUCCAGUCGAAACAUCGCCAUCAGUAACUGAAAGCUCAAGUACUAUUCCAGUCGAAACAUCGCAACCAAUAACUGAAAGCACAAGCACUAUUCCAAUCGAAACAACGCCAUCAGUAACUGAAAGUACAAGUACUAUUACAGUCGAAACAUCGCCACCAAUAACAGAAAUGACAAGCACGAUUCCAGUAGAAACGACGCCAUCAGUAACUGAAAGCUCAAGCACUAUUCCAGUCGAAACAUCGCCACCAAUAACUGAAAGCACAAGCACUAUUCCAGUCGAAACAUCGCCACCAAUAACUGAAAGCACAAGCACUAUUCCAGUCGAAACAUCGCCACCAAUAACUGAAAGCACAAGCACUAUUCCAAUCGAAACAACGCCAUCAGUAACUGAAAGCACAAGUACUAUUACAGUCGAAACAUCGCCACCAAUAACAGAAAUCACAAGCACGAUUCCAGUAGAAACGACGCCAUCAGUAACUGAAAGCUCAAGCACUAUUCCAGUCGAAACAUCGCCACCAAUAACUGAAAGCACAAGCACUAUUCCAGUCGAAACAUCGCCUCCAAUAACUCAAAUCACAACAACUAUUCCAGUCGAAACAUCGCCACCAAUAACUGAAAGCACAAGUACUAUUCCAGUCGAAACAUCGUCAUCAGUAACUGAACUCACAAGCACGAUUCCAGUCGAAACAUCGCCAUCAGUAACUGAAUACUCAAGCACUAUUCCAGUCGAAACAUCGCCACCAAUAACAGAAAUCACAAGCACGAUUCCAGUCGAAACAUCGCCAUCAGUAACUGAAAGCUCAAGCACUAUUCCAGUCGAAACAUCGCCACCAAUAACUGAAAGCACAAGCACUAUUCCAAUCGAAACAACGCCAUCAGUAACUGAAAGCACAAGUACUAUUAGAGUUGAAACAUCGACACCAAUAACAGAAAUCACAAGCACGAUUCCGGUAGAAACGACGCCAUCAGUAACUGAAAGCUCAAGCACUAUCCCAAUCGAAACAACGCCAUCAGCAACUGAAAGCACAAGUACGAUCCCAAUCGAAACAACGCCAUCAGUAACUGAAAGCACAAGUACUAUUCCAGUCGAAACGACGCUAUCAGUAACUGAAAGCACAAUCACCAUUCCAGUAGAAACAUCGCCAUCAGUAACUGAAAGCUCAAGCACUAUUCCAGUAGAAACAACGCCAUCAGUAACUGAAACCACAAUCACGAUUCCAGUCGAAACAUCGCCAUCAGUAACUGAAAUCACAAGCACAAUUCCAGUCGAAACAUCACCACCAAUAACUGAAACCACAAUCAGGAUUCCAGUCGAAACAUCGCCAUCAGUAACUGAAACCACAAGCACUAUUCCAGUCGAAACAUCGCCUCCAAUAACUCAAAUCACAACAACUAUUCCAGUCGAAACAUCGUCGCCAAUAACUGAAAGCACAAGUACUAUUCCAGUCGAAACAUCGCCAUCAGUAACUGAAAUCACAAGCACGAUUCCAGUCGAAACAUCGCCAUCAGUAACUGAAAGCUCAAGCACUAUUCCAGUCGAAACAUCGCCACCAAUAACUGAAAGCACAAGCAUUAUUCCAAUCGAAACAACGCCAUCAGUAACUGAAAGCACAAGUACUAUUACAGUUGAAACAUCGACACCAAUAACAGAAAUCACAAGCACGAUUCCAGUAGAAACGACGCCAUCAGUAACUGAAAGCUCAAGCACUAUUCCAGUCGAAACAUCGCCACCAAUAACUGAAAGCACAAGCACUAUUCUAGUCGAAACAUCGCCUCCAAUAACUGAAACCACAAUCACGAUUCCAGUCGAAACAUCGCCAUCAGUAACUGAAAUCACAAGCACGAUUCCAGUCGAAACAUCGCCUCCAAUAACUCAAAUCACAACAACUAUUCCAGUCGAAACAUCGUCACCAAUAACUGAAAGCACAAGUACUAUUCCAGUCGAAACAUCGCCAUCAGUAACUGAAAUCACAAGCACGAUUCCAGUCGAAACAUCGCCAUCAGUAACUGAAAGCUCAAGCACUAUUCCAGUCGAAACAUCGCCACCAAUAACUGAAAGCACAAGCAUUAUUCCAAUCGAAACAACGCCAUCAGUAACUGAAAGCACAAGUACUAUUACAGUUGAAACAUCGACACCAAUAACAGAAAUCACAAGCACGAUUCCGGUAGAAACGACGCCAUCAGUAACUGAAAGCUCAAGCACUAUUCCAGUCGAAACAUCGCCACCAAUAACUGAAAGCACAAGCACUAUUCUAGUCGAAACAUCGCCUCCAAUAACUGAAACCACAAUCACGAUUCCAGUCGAAACAUCGCCAUCAGUAACUGAAAUCACAAGCACUAUUCCAGUCGAAACAUCGCCUCCAAUAACUCAAAUCACAACAACUAUUCCAGUCGAAACAUCGCCACCAAUAACUGAAAUCACAAACACUAUUCCAGUCGAAACAUCGCCAUCAGUAACUGAAAUCACAAGCACGAUUCCAGUCGAAACAUCGCCACCAAUAACUGAAAGCUCAAGUACUAUUCCAGUCGAAACAUCGCCUCCAAUAACUCAAACCACAAUCACGAUUCCAGUCGAAACAUCGCCAUCAGUAACUGAAAGCUCAAGCACUAUUCCAGUCGAAACAUCGCCAUCAGUAACUGAAAUCACAAGCACUAUUCCAGUCGAAACAUCACCACCAAUAACUCAAACCACAAUAACGAUUCCAGUCGAAACAUCGCCAUCAGUAACUGAAAGCUCAAGCACUAUUCCAGUCGAAACAUUGCCAUCAGUAACUGAAAGCUCAAGCACUAUUCCAGUCGAAACAUCGCCACCAAUAACUGAAAGCACAAGCACUAUUCCAAUCGAAACAACGCCAUCAGUAACUGAAAGCACAAGUACUAUUACAGUCGAAACAUCGCCACCAAUAACAGAAAUCACAAGCACGAUUCCAGUAGAAACGACGCCAUCAGUAACUGAAAGCUCAAGCACUAUUCCAGUCGAAACAUCGUCUCCAAUAACUCAAAUAACAACAACUAUUCCAGUCGAAACAUCGCCACCAGUAACUGAAAGCACAAGUACUAUUCCAGUCGAAACAUCGCCAUCAGUAACUGAACUCACAAGCACGAUUCCAGUCGAAACAUCGCCACCAAUAACUGAAAGCACAAGCACUAUUAAAGUCGAAACAUCGCCACCAAUAACUGAAAGCACAAGCACUAUUCCAAUCGAAACAACGCCAUCAGUAACUGAAAGCACAAGUACUAUUACAGUCGAAACAUCGCCACCAAUAACAGAAAUCACAAGCACGAUUCCAGUAGAAACGACGCCAUCAGUAACUGAAAGCUCAAGCACUAUUCCAGUCGAAACAUCGCCACCAAUAACUGAAAGCACAAGCACUAUUCCAGUCGAAACAUCGCCUCCAAUAACUCAAAUCACAACAACUAUUCCAGUCGAAACAUCGCCACCAAUAACUGAAAGCACAAGUACUAUUCCAGUCGAAACAUCGUCAUCAGUAACUGAACUCACAAGCACGAUUCCAGUCGAAACAUCGCCAUCAGUAACUGAAAGCUCAAGUACUAUUCCAGUCGAAAUAUCGCCACCAAUAACAGAAAUCACAAGCACGAUUCCAGUAGAAACGACGCCAUCAGUAACUGAAAGCUCAACAACUAUUCCAGUCGAAACAUCGCAACCAAUAACUGAAAGCACAAGUACUAUUCCAGUCGAAACAUCGCCAUCAGUAACUGAAAGCACAAUCACUAUUCCAGUCGAAACAUCGCCUACAAUAACUGAAAUCACAAACACUAUUCCAGUCGAAACAUCGCCUCCAAUAACUCAAAUCACAACAACUAUUCCAGUCGAAACAUCGCCACCAGUAACUGAAAGCACAAGUACUAUUCCAGUCGAAACAUCGCCAUCAGUAACUGAACUCACAAGCACGAUUCCAGUCGAAACAUCGCCACCAAUAACUGAAAGCACAAGCACUAUUCCAGUCGAAACAUCGCCACCAAUAACUGAAAGCACAAGCACUAUUCCAGUCGAAACAUCGCCACCAAUAACUGAAAGCACAAGCACUAUUCCAAUCGAAACAACGCCAUCAGUAACUGAAAGCACAAGUACUAUUACAGUCGAAACAUCGCCACCAAUAACAGAAAUCACAAGCACGAUUCCAGUAGAUACGACGCCAUCAGUAACUGAAAGCUCAAGCACUAUUCCAGUCGAAACAUCGCCACCAAUAACUGAAACCACAAGCACUAUUCCAGUCGAAACAUCGCCUCCAAUAACUCAAAUCACAACAACUAUUCCAGUCGAAACAUCGCCACCAAUAACUGAAAGCCCAAGUACUAUUCCAGUCGAAACAUCGUCAUCAGUAACUGAACUCACAAGCACGAUUCCAGUCGAAACAUCGCCAUCAGUAACUGAAAGCUCAAGUACUAUUCCAGUCGAAACAUCGCAACCAAUAACUGAAAGCACAAGCACUAUUCCAAUCGAAACAACGCCAUCAGUAACUGAAAGUACAAGUACUAUUACAGUCGAAACAUCGCCACCAAUAACAGAAAUGACAAGCACGAUUCCAGUAGAAACGACGCCAUCAGUAACUGAAAGCUCAAGCACUAUUCCAGUCGAAACAUCGCCACCAAUAACUGAAAGCACAAGCACUAUUCCAGUCGAAACAUCGCCACCAAUAACUGAAAGCACAAGCACUAUUCCAGUCGAAACAUCGCCACCAAUAACUGAAAGCACAAGCACUAUUCCAAUCGAAACAACGCCAUCAGUAACUGAAAGCACAAGUACUAUUACAGUCGAAACAUCGCCACCAAUAACAGAAAUCACAAGCACGAUUCCAGUAGAAACGACGCCAUCAGUAACUGAAAGCUCAAGCACUAUUCCAGUCGAAACAUCGCCACCAAUAACUGAAAGCACAAGCACUAUUCCAGUCGAAACAUCGCCUCCAAUAACUCAAAUCACAACAACUAUUCCAGUCGAAACAUCGCCACCAAUAACUGAAAGCACAAGUACUAUUCCAGUCGAAACAUCGUCAUCAGUAACUGAACUCACAAGCACGAUUCCAGUCGAAACAUCGCCAUCAGUAACUGAAUACUCAAGCACUAUUCCAGUCGAAACAUCGCCACCAAUAACAGAAAUCACAAGCACGAUUCCAGUCGAAACAUCGCCAUCAGUAACUGAAAGCUCAAGCACUAUUCCAGUCGAAACAUCGCCACCAAUAACUGAAAGCACAAGCACUAUUCCAAUCGAAACAACGCCAUCAGUAACUGAAAGCACAAGUACUAUUAGAGUUGAAACAUCGACACCAAUAACAGAAAUCACAAGCACGAUUCCGGUAGAAACGACGCCAUCAGUAACUGAAAGCUCAAGCACUAUUCCAGUCGAAACAUCGCCACCAAUAACUGAAAGCACAAGCACUAUUCCAAUCGAAACAACGCCAUCAGUAACUGAAAGCACAAGUACUAUUACAGUCGAAACAUCGCCACCAAUAACAGAAAUCACAAGCACGAUUCCAGUAGAAACGACGCCAUCAGUAACUGAAAGCUCAAGCACUAUUCCAGUCGAAACAUCGCCACCAAUAACUGAAAGCACAAGCACUAUUCCAGUCGAAACAUCGCCACCAAUAACUGAAAGCACAAGUACUAUUCCAGUCGAAACAUCGUCAUCAGUAACUGAACUCACAAGCACGAUUCCAGUCGAAACAUCGCCAUCAGUAACUGAAAGCUCAAGUACUAUUCCAGUCGAAACAUCGCCACCAAUAACAGAAAGCAUAAGCACUAUUGCAAUCGAAACAACGCCAUCAGUAACUGAAAGCACAAGUACUAUUACAGUCGAAACAUCGCCACCAAUAACAGAAAUCACAAGCACGAUUCCAGUAGAAACGACGCCAUCAGUAACUGAAAGCUCAACAACUAUUCCAGUCGAAACAACGUCAUCAAUAACUGAAAGCACAAGUACUAUUACAGUCGAAACAUCGCCACCAAUAACAGAAAUGACAAGCACGAUUCCAGUAGAAACGACGCCAUCAGUAACUGAAAGCUCAAGCACUAUUCCAGUCGAAACAUCGCCACCAAUAACUGAAACCACAAGCACUAUUCCAGUCGAAACAUCGCCUCCAAUAACUCAAAUCACAACAACUAUUCCAGUCGAAACAUCGCCACCAAUAACUGAAAGCACAAGUACUAUUCCAGUCGAAACAUCGCCAUCAGUAACUGAAAGCACAAUCACUAUUCCAGUCGAAACAUCGCCUCCAAUAACUGAAAUCACAAACACUAUUCCAGUCGAAACAUCGCCAUCAGUAACUGAAAGCACAAGCACUAUUCCAGUCGAAGCAUCACCACCAAUAACUGAAACCUCAAGCACUAUUCCAGUAGAAACAACACCAUCAGUAACUGAAACAACAAUCACGAUUCCAGUCGAAACAUCGCCACCAAUAACUGAAAUCACAAGCACUAUUCCAGUCGAAACAUCGCCUCCAAUAACUGAAAUCACAAACACAAUUCCAGUCGAAACAUCGACUCUAAAAACUGAAAUAGCAAACACUAUUCCAGUCGAAACUUCGCCAUCAGUAACUGAAAGCUCAAGCACUAUUCCAGUAGAAACAACGCUAUCAGUAACUGAAACCACAAUCACGAUUCCAGUCGAAACUUCGCCACCAAUAACUGAAAGCAUAAGUACUAUUCCAGUCGAAACAUCGCCAUCAGUAACUGAAACCACAAUCACGAUUCCAGUCGAAACAUCGCCAUCAGUAACUGAAAUCACAAGCACUAUUCCAUUCGAAACAUCACCACCAAUAACUCAAACCACAAUAACGAUUCCAGUCGAAACAUCGCCAUCAGUAACUGAAAGCUCAAGCACUAUUCCAGUUGAAACGACGCCACCAAUAACUGAAAGUACAAACACUAUUCCAGUCGAAACAUCGCCACCAAUAACUGAAAGCACAAGCACUAUUCCAAUCGAAACAACGCCAUCAGUAACUGAAAGCACAAGUACUAUUCCAGUAGAAACGACGCAAUCAGUAACUGAAAGCUCUAGCACUAUUUCAGUAGAAACGACGCCAUCAGUAACUGAAAGCUCAAGCACUAUUACAGUCGAAACAUCGCCGCCAAUAACUGAAAUCACAAACACAAUUCCAGUAGAAACGAUGCCAUCAGUACCUCAAAUAACAAGCACUAUUCCCAUCGAAACAACACCACCAUUAACUGAAAGCACAAGUACUAUUCCAGUCGAAACAUCGCCAUCAGUAACUGACAGCUCAAGCACUAUUCCAAUAGAAACAACGCCAUUAGUAACUGAAAGUACUAUUCCAGUUGAAACAUCGGCAUCAGUAACUGAUAGCAACAGUUCUAGUCCAGUGAAAACAUCUACGUCUAUAUCUGAAACCACAAGUGAUACUCCAGUGACAGUUGAUAUGAAAUGUACAACUGAGGGAGUUUUCCCUCAUGUUCAUGACUGCGGGAAAUAUUAUCGCUGUAUAAAGAUAUAUGGGCUAGGGAUGUAUAAAUAUGACUUCACGUGUCCAGCAAACCACUUCUUUGAUGCUACAUCGGGUCAAUGUUCGAAAGACAAUACAGUUUGUAAUGACAAAAGCACAACCGCUAUUUCAGGGGAAACAUCGCCGUCAGUAACUGAAAGCACCAGCUCUAUUCCAGUUGAAACAUCACCACCAUUAACCGAAAGCACAAGCGCUAUUCCAGUAAAAACAACGCCACCAAUAUUUGAAACCACAAGUGAUGUUCCAGCGAACGGUGAUAUGGAAUGUAGUACUGCAGGAGUUUUCCCUCAUGUUCAUGACUGCAGAAAAUAUUAUCGAUGUGUAAAGAUAUAUGCGCUAGGGAUGUAUAAAUAUGACUUCACUUGUCCAGCAAACCACUUCUUUGAUGCAAUAUCGGGUCAAUGCACAAAAGACGAGAAAGUGUGCAAUAAUAGAAAGUUCAAAUGUAAUGAGGAAGGGUUUUUCGCAGAUCCAUUUGAUUCGACAGUGUUUUACUGGUGCAUAAAGAGUCUGCUCGGUGGGUUUCAACAGACACAACAUGAAUGUAACAAGGAAGAAAUGUUUAAUCCUGUCAGUAAACGCUGUGAAAAAGUAAUCGAUCAUAUGAUCAUGGUCUUUGAAGACUCUGAUAAUGAAGCAGAUGUAGGCCAAGAAGAUAACAGUUUCAUGCACCAGUCAAAUAAUAGUGCAGAGGAAGAUAAAGAUGGUGACAGUAAAAAUGAAAAUAAAAACGAAGAUGACGAAGACAAUACAAAAGAAAGCAAAAGUGAUUCAGAAGAAAAAAAUGAGUCGAAAAAAGACAGUAGAGCUAAGUCAAAGAAAAAGGAUUUUAAAUGCACAAUUGAAGGAACUUUUGCCGAUCCUAAAGAAGAUAGCAAAUACUACAUUUGCACAUACAAAGGAAAAGAGAAAAACAAAUUAAAAAAGAUCCAUAUGAAAUGUGAGAAAAAACAUAUGUUUGAUGAUGACGAAGGUAAAUGUGUUGAGGACGACUAAAACUCUAAAUGUGAGAAUAUGGCUUUUCAAAUUCGGGUGAUCGCUUAGCGUUGUAAGAAAUGAUUUUUUUAGGAAAAUGUAAAAAAGAAAUAUUUUUAAAUAAUUAAAUUUAGUUGCAA